AUGUGCCACUUCAAAUGCGGUAACAUGCACAAAGUGCCUUGCUUUGGGUCCAGAGUGUGGUUGGUGUGCUCAGGAGGAUUUCAUAGCUGACGCAACACAGAUGGGACGCUGUGACACUGUUUCUAACUUGAUGAAAAGAGGCUGCCAAUCAGAUUUUUUAGAAAAUCCCACAGUUCAUGUAACAAUACCGAGUGACCAUGAAACAAAUACACAAGUGACGCCGGGAAAAGUUUCAGUACAAAUGCGUCCAGGAAGCGAAGCAAACUUUAUAUUAAAAGUCCGUCCUCUAGAGAAAUAUCCUGUGGAUCUCUAUUAUCUAGUUGAUGUCUCAGCCUCUAUGCACAACAAUAUAGAAAAAUUAAAUUCAGUUGGGUUUGCUUUAUCUAAAAAGAUGGAGAAUAUUUCUCUUGAUUUUCGACUUGGAUUUGGAUCAUAUGUGGAUAAAACUGUGUCACCCUAUAUUAGCAUUCACCCAGGUAGAAUCCAUAACCAAUGCAGUGAUUAUAAUUUAGAUUGUAUGCCUCCUCAUGGUUAUAUUCAUGUGCUGUCCCUGACUGACAAUAUAGCAGAAUUCAGAAAUGCAGUACAUAAACAAAAAAUUUCUGGGAAUAUUGAUACACCCGAAGGAGGUUUUGAUGCAAUGCUCCAAGCAGCUGUAUGCCAGAGUCAUAUUGGAUGGCGCAAAGAAGCAAAGCGACUACUUCUUGUGAUGACAGAUCAAACUUCCCAUCUGGCCCUUGAUAGUAAAUUAGCAGGGAUAGUAAUUCCCCAUGACGGAAACUGCCAUCUGAAAGAUAAUGUGUACGUCAAAGCUACAAGUAUGGAACAUCCAUCGCUUGGACAGCUGUCUGAAAAGUUGAUUGACAAUAACAUCAAUGUUAUUUUUGCAGUUCAAGGAAGCCAAUUUCAUUGGUAUAAAGACCUGUUACCUCUGUUGCCUGGUACUGUUGCAAGACAGAUAGAAUCACAAGCAGCAAAUCUUAAUGAUUUGGUGGUAGAAGCCUAUCAGAAACUAAUCUCUGAAGUGAAAAUUCAAGUGGAUAACCAGAUUCAAGAUCUUAAUUUCAAUGUCACUGCAAUAUGUCCUGAUGGAAGUAAAAAAACAGGCAUGGAAGGAUGUAAAAAUGUGGGAUAUAAUCAAGAAGUGCUUUUCAAUGUUUCGGUUACAAUGAAAGGAUGUCAUGCAACUGGAGGAAGAAGAUACGCAAUACUUAAGCCUAUUGGUUUCAAUGAAACUACCAUCGUUAAUAUACAUAAAAACUGUGCCUGUCAGUGUGGAGAUAGUGCAAGGCACAAAAGGGUUUGUGCGGAUGAAACUUUCCCUGAUGGUGAGCAAUCCCGUUGCAGUGACACUAGCUGUAAUUCCAGCAGAGAUACAUUUCCUUCUGAGAGGUGCAGACAAUACCARGAGCAGCCCAUCUGCAGUGGUCAAGGAGACUGCAUAGAUGGAAAAUGUUUCUGUUACAAAAAUAAGCUGGGCAAGGUGUAUGGCAAGUACUGUGAACUGGAUGAUUUUUCCUGCCCUUAUCACCAUGGAAAUUUGUGUUCUGGUAAUGGUGAAUGUGAAGCUGGUAAGUGUAGAUGCUUUGCUGGCUGGGAAGGUGACCGUUGCCAAUGCUCAUCACAAUCAGCAAAACACUGCCUGAAUUCAAAGGGCCAGAUUUGCAGUGGAAGAGGAAAUUGCAUAUGUGGAAAGUGUGAAUGCACUGAUCCAAGAAGCUUUGGCCGUUUGUGUGAAUAUUGYCCAACCUGUAACAGUGCCUGUGAAGAAAACUGGAAUUGUCUUCAAUGCCAUCAUUCUAACAAUGCAUCUCAAGCUAUACUUGACCAGUGUAAAACCUCAUGCACUUACAUGUUGCAUUAUAUUGAUCAAACUUCAGAAUGUUUCUCUGGACGAGGCUACUUUAGAAUCUUUUCCAUAAUCUUUAUAGUUACAUUUCUGAUUGGGUUGCUUACUGUACUUAUCAUCAGGCAGAUAAUUCUGCAGUGGAAUAACAAUAAGAUUAAAUCUUCAUCUGAUUACAGAGUGUCUACAACAAAGAAGGAUAAGAUGUUUUUGCCUACUGUUUGUACAAGAACAGUAACAUACAGACGUGACAAACCAGAAGAAAUAAAUAUCGACAUCAGCAAGUUACGAUUAAAUGAAACUUUCAAGUGUGAAUUCUGAAGACCGUGUGUUUUCUGGAAAUGUCUAUUUUCAACUUUUUCUACUUUUUAAAAGUUAYCUUUUGUACUCUGUAAGAGUCUUGACUGUUGCUGUUAGGUUUUGUGUCAUGCAUUUUGUUGAAUACUGUAACAAAGUGCCAUGUAAGCAUAGUCACAUAAUGUGACUAUGUUUGAAACUAUAGCUGCUGUAUUUUUUUUGAAAGAGAAAUGUGCAUUACUACUGUUCCAGAACAUUAGUGUUGAUGUAGCACUUUAAUGUAUUCUAAUUUAUUUAGUUUUGGCAUAGAAUGUAGAUAUAAACGUGUCUGACAAAGCACUGAUCUCACUCUACAUGUAGCUAGUACUGAUAUGCUCUGUGGGAAUGGACAAAAACUGUGACUGAGCUAUUAAUAUUGCUGUAUAUUGUGGCAAUAGGUGAAAAUUUAAAUACUCUUAAAUAGAGUAAAUGGUACUUUAUAGUUUUCUCAGUUGACUAAAUUACAUUGAUUUGUUUGUUUUAGCCUCUCAGCUUUUCCUCAUUACUAAAUAAAAAUAACUGGAUUGAAUGAGUGCUAGGUUAUACUAAUGUGUGUAUGUGUAGAAAUAUACAUAUUCAUACACACACAUACAGCUAAAUAUGUAUAUAAUACAAUUUUUAAUGUAUACACAAUGGUGUCACUUAUAGUUUAUAUUUCAUAAAGAGAUUAAUUUUUAGCUUUUUACUUGUUUCAAAAUAAAAGCCUCUAUAGACAUUUUAAGGUAUGUGAAAACUGAGUGCAUACAGAACAUAAGCGAGCUCCUCUUACCAGCAGCAUCGUCUACAGAGUAAUCCCUGCUGGCUGAAUUCACCACUGGAGUGAGCAGCAUCAACUCUAUUGCAAUCAGAUAAAUUACACCAGAGCUGUGUUUGGUUUGCUAGCUACAUGUCAGUGUUUUGCCAAAUAAGGGCUCUGUUCUUUAUAAAUGUCAGAAGUAAGUCAGAUUUUUUGUAUGUGCUCUUUUUUCCGUAUAAAAUUAGUUGACAAGAUUUUUUUUUGAAUCUUUACUUAACCACUUUAAUUUUUGUGACUGUGCAUUGAGAAGUGUCUAGUGUAGUAUGAAAAAGUAUCUGCAAUUCAAAAGAAGGCACAGAAAAUAGAAGUCUUUUUCCUCAAGAGAGURUGUUAGUUGACUUCAUUAAUAUAAGCUCAAAUUCUGCUUUCAGAAAUGAGCAAAAAUUCUUCUAAAUACAGUGGGACCAAUGUAAGCUUAUCUGAGAGCAGAAUUAAGCUACAARGUCAGCCAGAUACCUUUUCUUACCCUGAAGGAGGCUUUAGUGCUGCARGACAAGUUACUGCCAUUUGAUGUUUGGAAGGGUCAACUAGCAGUCUGAUUUCACUUAUUUUAUGCUGCCAAAACUGUAGGAAUUCUGAUCAAUCUUUCUUAAACAUGCACUAAGAUUUAGCUGUCAAAAAAAAUCAUCUCAGAAGACAGUAUGCAGUAUAUCAUUUUAGCAGUAUUUAUUACUGGUACUAAAUAUUGAUUUGUACUUGUUACCAGUAAGAGUCACAGAAGCAUCUUUCUAUGUCAUUUCGACAAAUAUAUAAGAAUAUUAGUAUUUCCUAUUCUGUGCUUUUCCUGUAGUGUAGAUUCCCACUGAAAUUUGAGGCGUAUACGUGCAAAAAGAAGGCAGGAUGUAGAACAGAUGAUGUUAUACAAGAGUUUACAGUGAAUUACUUGGGCCAAGGAUCAAGUGAGGGAUUAAGAAAAACAAUAUAGAGACUGUAGACUUUCCACUGAAUUUUCCUAAAAGCUUUAAGACUUGUUUCUAUAAAUCUUAUAAACUGCACCAUUAAUUGUUUCUGAAGCAGUCUUCAUGGUAGAACCUGAGCUUCUUACCACAUGAUUAAAACAGUCUCAUUUAAAGAAGAGGGGAGUUCUUUACACAGACUCUGAUUUCAGUGACAGCCUCACUAUCAUGUUAUUUAUAGAUUAAUUCUAUAUGAAGAAUUAUUCUGUAUCAACUAUAUUUUAAACUUUUAUUAUUUUCAAAACGGAACACCAUGGAACAAUUUUCUUCCUAUGGAAAUUUACAGACUCCAGACCAUUGUUUCCAGUGGGAAUUAGAUAAACUAUUUGUAAGAAAUUACGUAUAUUGUCCUUGUCACAAUUACUAUUUUUAAGUAAGUAAGAAACAGGAGACGUGGUUAUCUGUUUAGCAUAAAAAUAACAACAAAAAUAUUAAAAGCUCAAGUGAAAAUAUGUGAAUGUUUAACAAAAGAUGUAGCUAUCCUCUUAAAACAAUGGGAUACCAUUUUUUUUAACAAAAAAGAUUCCUCAGCAUCAUGCACGUCUCGUAGCCCUUAGGCCAGUUAAUAAAGAGAGAGCUAUUGUUUUUC